AAAAUGGCUGUUAAACCCACACCCGCCGCCCGGCCUUCCUCUCGCUAUCUCGACCGCGUCCUCCUCUCUCUCCCCGACCCAAGGCGUCUCCCUAACCGCAUUUGGCCUGACGACGACAACGACCGCCACCGCCAUGACGCUUCCUCCUCCUCCUCCUCGGCAGUCGCCACCUCCGUCCCCUGCGCGGCCUCCCCCUUCUGCGAGGACGCUCCGCCGCCGCCUCCUGUCAAACUCAGCCAUCCUCUCCUCCGCGCCCUUGAGUCAUCCGGCGGCCCCGCAACACCUCCAUUCUCCCAAACCCUCGCGCAGCUCAUCGUAUCUGGCCUCGCUCUCCACCGCCUCGCCGCUGGCCGCGCCAUCAAGGCGCUCUGUGCUUGCCCUUCCUCUGUCCCUCUCGCCGUUUCCCUCUUCUCCGGCGUCGACGACCCCGACGCCUUCCUCUCCAACAUCAUCCUCCGAUCCUAUAUCUCCUUCGGCCGGCCUGACCAAGCGCUCGCCUUCUUCCGCCGUCACGCGCUCCCUUCCCGCGUCUUCCCCAACCAUUUCACCUUCCCACUUCUCGCGAAGCUGUUCUCCGAGCUCGGACGCGCUGGGGACGGGCGGAGCGUCCACUCGCUGGCCGCUAGACUGGGUUUUGAGUCCGAUUUGUACGUUCGGAACUCUCUGAUUCACAUGUACUCGACUUUGGGUGAUGUCGACUCCGCCCGCAAGCUCUUCGAUUUGGAUCUCGAUUCGGAUUUUGUCACCUGGAAUUCUAUGAUCGAUGGGUACGUAAAGAAUGGGAUGGUUGAUUCUGCUCGCAGGUUGUUCGAUGAUAUGUCCGAAAGGGAUAUAAUCACUUGGAAUGUGAUGAUUGCUGGGCAUGCUGGAGUUGGGGAUAUGGACGCAGCGAAGGAUCUGUUCAUAAAGAUGCCUGAGAGAGAUGUUGUCUCAUGGAACACCUUGAUCGAUGGAUAUGCUAGGAAAGACGAAACUGGGGUUGCUAGAGAGCUCUUUGAUGUGAUGCCCAUCAAGAAUAUGGUGUCUUGGAAUGUCGUGCUGGCUCUGUAUGCUCGGAUCAAGAAUUACAGGGAGUGCCUGAAGUUGUUUGAUAGUAUGACUGCGACGGGGGAUGCAAAGCCAAAUGAGGCUACUUUUGUCAGUGUCCUGACGGCCUGUGCAUGUUUAGGUGAUCUUGCUAGGGGAAAGUGGGUGCAUUCUCUGAUGAAGAAUAGUUCUGGAGCAAUAAAGCCUGAUGUAUUACUGUCAACCGCGCUCUUGAAUAUGUAUUCCAAGUGUGGGGAUAUGCAUUUGGCUAAGGAAAUCUUUGACUCAAUGGAGGAGCACAGUGUAGCAACAUGGAACUCUAUGAUCAUCGGAUAUGGUUUGCAUGGAAAUGGUGAGAAGGCUCUCGAAUUGUUCAUGAAAAUGGAGAAAGAAGGGCCUAGGCCCAAUGAAGCCACCUUUGUGUGUGUUCUGAGUGCAUGUGCUCAUGGAGGAAUGGUGUUGGAAGGCUGGUGGUGCUUUGAUCGCAUGAUUCACUUCCACAAGAUUGAACCCAAGGUGGACCAUUUUGGUUGCCUGAUGGAUCUCCUUAGUCGAGCUGGUUUUCUAAAGGUCUCGGAGAAGCUGGUCCAGGGAAUGCCAGUUGAGCCGGUGCCAGCCUUAUGGGGAGCAUUAGUGUCAGCUUGCAAGACCCAUUGUGAUUUGCAUCUUGGGGAGGUUAUUGGCAAAAAGUUGAUUGACAUGGAGCCUCAAGACAUUGGGCCUUAUAUAUUGUUAUCUAAUAUAUAUGCAGCAAAAGGCAGAUGGGAUGAUGUAGAGAAGGUAAGGAAGAUGAUGGAGAAGAAAGGUUUGCGGAAGGGUACAGGAAUUAGCUUAGUGAGUAUUGAUGAUCAUGUUGUGGAUCACAACAUUUCAGUUGGUAAAAAAAGUGUGGUUUUCUCAAUGUUGAGUGAGAUGGGUAUGAGCAUCAAGUCAUCAUGUACUGGGACGUAUAAGAUGCAGAGGAAUACAGUUUGACUCGAUAAUUCAUAUUCCAUAUUAGUUGAUUCAUAUGCUUCAAAAUUGCUGAUAGAGAAAUGUGAAAAAUAUUUCUCAACUGAUUGGAAUAUGAUCCAGAUGAGCAAUUAUAGGGUGAUAUUUGCUUAUACUCCAGAAAAAUUGGGAGGACAAAUUCAGCCUAGUUUUGGGGGAUGUGACUUAGUACAGAGAUUCUACAGGAUAAUUUGGCAGGAACAUAUACUAUCAGACAUAACAAAUGAGAAAUAAGGUUCAUCAUAAUAGAUGGCUUUUCUGUGAAGUGACGGAUUGGGAGAAAUUUGACGGAUUCCAUUUAAACCGAGUGUUGCUCAUAAUGUUCAGCAGAGAUCCCUAUGCUGACAUCUCUAAUAAGUGGUAAGUUACAGCUCAAAAACUCGCUUAUUCAGUUAUCAUUUGCUAUUGUUGUGUUCUUCUGGGAGAUGAUUAGGAUUAAGAGUCGUUUACCGUAGUCAAUUGUGCAAUUCAUAAUUGUACAAGAAGGAAAUUGGCUUGCCUUUUGUAGGAAGACGGAUAGGCAGCUUACUUUUUGGGGGCAAAAGGAAUGAAGCACAUUCUUUUUUUUGUGUGUGUUGUGAAGGAUUCUGCAGGGACCUUCAGUGGACUCGUGUUGGCAAGCUAUUUGGAUCAGGAGUUAUACAUCUUCAAGAGUGACAAAUGUUUGCUGACAUCUUUGUACUAAAAGCAACUUAAUUUCAGUGUGAAGCUUAACCUCAUUUGAUCCAAACUAUCCUUGUGUUUGGAAAAUACCUCUUUUCCUUGGAGAUACGUAGAUAACUGAGAUUGAAGAUUGGUUUGGGUCAGACUGAAGUCCUUUCCAGUAGUCAAAGAGGAGUCUACAGGUUCAAAACAGAUCUUAAAGACAUCUCAAAUCAUGACAAUGGCGGAUCGAUCACACCUCAGCACUGAGCAGUAGAUGACCGAACACAGCACUUCCAUGCAGAGGAUGCUUCAUCUCGACAUUGGUAAUACUGCUGAUGAGGUUGGCUCUUCUCUUGAUGAGAGUGAGAUCUGAAGGAAAGAGUUAAGAGAGUUCUUGCCGAUCAUCUCCAUCGACUAUCCAUGGAAAUAAUUCACCAUGCUGAUUGGCUCUCGAUAUCAACAAAUGGGAGGGAGAACUUUCAUUUGUGGUGGCAAUAGGUUUCUUGGUGCCAAGCAGCGACGUGCCCCAGCUCUUCACCACCACCCUCCUCCUCGAUCAAAGAAAGAAGAUACGGCAUCAGAGACAGUCACUGGGGUGUGUUCGUGUGUGUAUAAAGGGAUGCGACGCAUCGAUACUGUUGGAUGGGAGUGGAACCGAGAAGAGGGUACGACCUCAUCGACCAGGCCAAGGCAGCACUGGAAAGCAAAUGCCCCGGCGUUGUUUCCUGCGCUGAUAUCAUCGUCGUCGCAACGAGGGAUGCUGUCGUGCUGGGAGGUGGGACGCAGUAUACGUAUGCGGUUCAGACAGGGAGGAGGGAUGGCAACAUCUCGCUUGCGUCUGAUGCCACCAGAAAUCUGCCUGGGGAUUCCUUCUCGGCAUCCCAAGCGACUGAUGCGUUCCGGGCGAAAGGGCUCAGCGCUUCGGACAUGGUGUUACUUCUAGGAGGACAUACCGUUGGGCUCACGCACUGCUCCUUCAUCCUUAAUCGUCUCUACAACUACAAUGGGUCGGGGAAACCAGACCCGGCCAUGGAUCCCGCGUUUGUGACCAUGCUCAAGUCGAGGUGCCCGCAGACGUCGACGGUUGACAACACCGUCCUCCUCGACCACGGCAAUCCCACCACCGUGGACAACAGCUACUACGAGCAGCUCCUGGCGAGAAGGGGCGUGCUCACAGUGGAUCAGAACAUAGCGUCGGACGCGGCGACCAACGCCACGGUGAGGGCGCUGGCCGGCGGCAGCUCGAGCUUCCCGGCUCUGUUCGGGGGUGCCAUGGUGAGGAGGAUGGGCGGCAUCCAGGUGCUCACUGGGACGCAAGGCCAGAUCCGGAAGUCGUGCCGAGUCGUC